AUGGCUUCUUCAUCUCAGCUCAUCAAGACUUAUGAUGUCUUUGUGAGCUUCUGUGGUGAAGACACGCGCAACAGCUUUACUGGUUUUCUCUUUCAAGCUCUCUGCAGAAAAGGCAUCCAUGCCUUCAAAGAUGAUGAUGAUCUCAAGAAAGGCGAAUCCAUUGCCCCUGAGUUGCUACAAGCCAUUCAAGGGUCUCGCCUUUUCCUCACUGUCUUCUCAAAAAACUAUGCUUCCUCUACUUGGUGCUUGCGUGAACUAGCAGAGAUCUGUAACUGCGUUGAAACAUCGCCAAGACGUGUUGUACCUGUAUUUUAUGAUGUUGAUCCUUCAGAGGUGCGAAAACAGAGUGGGUGUUAUGAGAGAGCAUUUGCAGAACACGAAGAAAGAUUCAGAGAAGAUAAAGAAAAGAUGGAGGAAGUGCAGAGAUGGAGAGAAGCUCUCACUCAUGUGGCCAAUCUCUCUGGUUGGGAUAUAAGAAACAAGCAACAAUAUGCAGAAAUUGAACAAAUUGUUCAAAACAUAAUAAAUAUACUGCGUCCCAACUUAUUAAGUCUUCCAAAUCAUAAUCUAGUUGGGAUAGAGUCUCGGAUUGAAGAAUUAGCAAAUGUUCUAUGUUUGGAGUCAGUUGAUGAUGUUCGAGUUGUUGGAAUUAGUGGGAUGGGUGGCAUAGGAAAAACAACUCUUGCUCGCGCUUUAUAUGAAAGAUUCUCUCGUCAAUAUGAUUUUCAUGGUUUUAUUGAUGAUGUAAGCAAAAUUUAUCGGGAUUCAAGUUCAUUAGGUGUACAAAAGCAGUUGCUUUCCCAGUCUCUAAAGGAGAAAAAUGUAGAGAUUUGCAAUGCUUUGGAGGGAACAAGUUUGGUGUGGAGUAGGCUACACAGUACAAAGACAUUUGUUGUUCUUGACAAUGUUGAUGAUGUUGAACAACUGAGAAUGUUUACAGGGAAUAGAUACACUUUGUUGCGUGAAUGUUUGGGUGGAGGGAGCAGAAUCAUCGUAAUUUCCAGGGAUGAGCAUGUAUUGAGGACACAUGGAGUGGAUGAUGUUUAUCAAGUCCGCCCUUUGACUGAAAAAAAUGCUGUCGAGUUGUUUUGUAGACAUGCUUUCAAAGUUAAUUAUAUUUUGAGCGAAUAUGAAAAGUUGGCAAGUGAAUUUCUAUCACAUGCUCAAGGCCAUCCCUUGGCAAUCAAAGUAAUUGGGUCAUCUUUGUUUGGUCGAAACGUAUCACAAUGGAAUGGUGCAUUGGAUAGGCUCAAAGAGAAUAAAAGUAGAAAUAUUAUGGAUGUUUUGCGUAUAAGUUUUGAUCAACUGGAUGAAGGAGACAAAGAAAUAUUUUUGGAUAUUGCUUGCUUCUUCUACAGUGGUUAUGAAGAAGAAUAUGUGAAUGAAGUUGUUGAGAGAUUUAGGCAAGUGUAUUGUACGAGAAAAUCACCUAAGGAGCCUAUAAAGUGGAGUAGGUUGUGGGAUUUCCAAGAUCUCCACAAUGCCUUAUUAGACAAUCAGGCAGCUGAAAACCUUGAAGCUAUCGUUGUUUCAGGCGAUGAGUUCAAUAAGCCUAUUAAAACGACAAUGAUGGCAGAUGGUCUAUCAAAAAUUAAGCACCUUAAGUUGCUUCAACUUCAGUACUUGAACCUCUCCGGAAGUCUCAGUCAUCUUUCGAAUGAAGUAGGGUAUCUUACAUGGAAAGCAUUUCCUUUUGAGUGUUUGCCUCAAAGUUUUCAACCAGAUAAACUGAUUGAGUUAAACCUUAGUGAGAGCAACAUUCAACGACUAUGGACAGGCAGAAAGCCUCUACACAAUUUGAAACGUUUGGAUCUCUCUUUCUCAAAAAAUCUUGUUGAGAUGCCAGAUCUUGGAGACGCCCUAAAUCUCGAAUGGCUAGAUCUUGAAGGAUGCAUACAGCUCAAAAAAAUCAGUCCAUCCAUUGGCCUUCUGAGAAAGCUUGCUGUUUUGAAUUUGAAAAACUGCAUAAACCUAGUAAGCUUACCCAAGAACCUAUUGGGCCUGACUUCUCUUGAAUAUCUCAGUGUCUCUGGGUGUUCAAAACUGUAUAAUAAUCAGUUAUUAGAUGAAGGAUGUAAUGGAGAGCAUUCGAAGAAGCUUUGUUUAGUUGAAGAUGCUUUCCAUUCCGAGACAAAAUCCUCUUUUAUUAAAAAAAUGAUUUCGUGGCCUUUGGAUUUGUUGUAUUCCAGAGCACAGAGAGAGUCAGUUAGCUGUUUAACACCUUCCUCUCCUACUCUGCCUUGUUUGCGUGAACUUCAUCUAAGUUUCAGUAAUUUAGUUCAUAUCCCUGAUGCCAUUGGAAAGUUACAUUGCUUAGAAAAGCUAAAUUUAAAGGGAAACAAUUUUGUUACGCUUCCCAGCCUCAAAGACCUUUUCAGACUCUAUAAUUUAAACAUACAGCAUUGCAAGCGGUUAAAAUAUUUUCCUGAUCUCCCUUCACGAACUGACUUGCCAUCAAACCGUUACUUUCUGUUCUUGCCAUAUUCACCAACUACCAAUUCACGUCCAGCUGAACACGACGAAGUUGUUGGAGGAUUAAACAUUUUCAACUGUCCAGAAUUAGUUGAUAGGGAACGGUGCACUAGCAUGGGUGUUUCAUGGAUGAUACAAAUUGUUCAGGCGAACCACCAAUGCAGAUGUCUUUCAUUUAGUCCAUUCGGUCCAAAUCUUGAGAGUAUUAUCCCUGGAAAUGAAAUACCGAGGUGGUUUAACAAUGAGCAUGUGAGCAUUGACAAUUCAAUAAUCAUCGAUGCAUCUUCUGUAGCGCAGGACAAUUAUUGGAUUGGAGUUGUGUGUUGUGUUAUAUUCCAGAUACGGAAAAUGACUUCUCCAACAACAGCACCACUUUCCGGUGAUAAAAUUCCUGUGGAUGUCAGAAAAGAUCUAGUGAUGGACGAAUCAGAUCACAUGUGGUUAUUCUAUUUCAGUCGGCAAGAGUUCAUUAAUGAAUGCAACGCUAGGAACAUACAUGGUGGCUUGAAAUUGAAAAUUGAAAUAAGGGGCUUGGAAGAUUUUCGUGAUUCAUUGGUAAAUUUGGUGAACAAGGAAGAGAAAGUUUAUCCGGUGAAGGAAUUCUGGCAAACGGAUAAAAAAAAAUUUCGAGGUGAAGUGAAGAAAUAUGGAUACAGUUGGGUAUCUGAACAAGAUCUAGAACUAUCCAAUGCGACAAUGAUGUAUGGUGGAAAUUUGACUACUCGUAAGCGCAAGUUUUUGGCUAUGGAAGAAAACAAGUAG